AGUGCCCAGCAGCUUCCCAAGCCGGGGAAAGGCCUGAAUCAUGGGAGACAAGGGUGGGAAAGGUUUCAGAGCAGCAGCCGUGUUAGUCUGUAUUCGCAAAAAGAAAAGGAGUACUAGUGGCACCUUAGAGACUAACCAAUUUAUUUGAGCAUAAGCUUUCGUGAGCUACAGCAGAAAGUGUCCCUAACGGUAGCUGGAGGAUUUUUAAGAGCGUAGAUUAAAUGCAUUCUGACAUUUAAGGGCCUGAUUUUCAAAACGAGAGAAGCCCACAACCAUGUAUAAAACGGAGAGCCUCAUUCAGCUAACAACUGUGCAUGCAAAACAGUAUUUCAACAGGCAAAUACUCUGUUGGUAUGCAUAGUUGGUAAAUGCAUGCAUGGUUAUACUGUUGGAAAUUGGUCUGUGCAUCAGUCUGUCCACAGUAUGCAGCAUAAACAGCCCUUUUCCUUGUAUGGACCCAGCCAACUAUUAAUGAUUCAUAGAUAUUAAGGCCAGCUGGGACCAUUGUCAUCAUCUAGUUUGACCUCCUGUAUAACACAGGCCAUAGAACUUCCCUGAAAUAAUUCCUGUUUGAGCACAUCUUUUAGAAAAACAUCCAAUCACCCACCUGCUAAUGGCCCAUAGUUGAGGAAACAUUUGGCCAAGAAGAAGUGUCUUGUACUGUGUUCUGAAGGAAUGGACGUGUAACAAAAGCAAAGUGAGAGCAAAAGUACUCUAGAUGAUCUGAGCAGUAGUAGUGGGACAUGGCUGAGUUUAUAAUGCUUGUGAUUUCAGAUCCUGCUGAAGUCUGGUGAUGUCUUGUCUGUUUCUUCUGUGAGGAGAGAGAUAUUUUAGAGGAAUGGCAGAAGGAGUUGUAUCAAUGCCUGAGACAGAAGACUAUACCAGGUUGUCUUCACUGGGUAAAUGCUAUAAAAGUCCCAAACCAAAACUGAUAUCUCCAGUAGAACCAAGAGAGUCAGAGCUGUGGGUUGUGGAUCUUCAGGACUCAGUGGAUGGAGCUAUUCCUGAAAGCCCCUCCCCAGGUGGUGGGAUCCUGAGCAGAACUGAGAAGCAUCACAAAGAAGGUCGUGAGAACCUGAAGCUGCUGGGAAUGUUAUUGGGGAAAUCAAAAGAGAGAGUUUCCCAGAGACCUGACCAGGAAACUACCUGCAAAGGGCAGCACAAGUCACAAAAGCAGAGGAGAAACACAGCCAGGGAUGAGGGAGGUAGGAAACAUGAAAGGACUUUCAGGGAACUGUGCAAGCCCCAUGUGCCAGAGAGGUCGGAGACAAGUGAGGGACCGUGCACAUAUUCUGUGUGUGAGGAAAGCUUUGAGGGGCAGAGAGACCUGAAUAGCCACAAGAGCAGCAUUCACACAGGAAAGAAAAUGUAUAAAUGUAGUGCCUGUGGGAAAAGCUUCAGGCAAAAGCAGGAGCUCUCGGCACACGCAAGAGUCCAUGGAGCCGAGAAACCCUUCCCCUGUGCUGAGUGUGAGAGGAGCUUCAGUCGGCUUUCCCAUCUCACUGUACACCGGAGAACCCACACGGGGGAAAGGCCCUUCUCCUGCCCUGAGUGCGGGAAACACUUCAGCCACCUCUCAAACCUCACUAGACACCAGAGAACCCACACAGGGGAAAGGCCCUACAGCUGCCCUGAGUGUGAGAGGCGCUUCAGUAACCUGAGCAGUCUCACCACCCACCUGAGGACCCACACAGGGGAGAGGCCUUUCACCUGCCCCCAGUGUGAGAAGAGCUUUGGUGACCAGUCUAAUCUCACCACCCACUUGAGGACCCACACUGGGGAGAGGCCCUAUGUGUGUCCUGACUGCCAGAAGAGCUUCAGCGACCAAUCGACUUUCGCCAAGCACCAGAGAACCCACACGGGGGAGAGACCCUACCCCUGCCCCCGCUGCGAGAAGAGCUUCAUCCAUAGAUCCCACCUCACUACGCACCAGCGGACCCACACAGGGGAGAGACCUUACAAAUGCCCUGGCUGUGAGAAGCGCUUCAGCCAGCUCUCCAACGUCACCACCCACCUGAGGACCCAUUCGGGAGAGAGGCCCUAUGUCUGCACCGACUGUGGGAAGAGCUUCGGCGACCAGUCGAGUUUGAGGAAGCACCACCGGACCCACACGGGUGAGAGACCCUAUCCCUGUCCCCACUGCGGGAAACACUUCAGCCAGCUCUCCAAUCUCAACACCCACUGCAGAACCCACACCGGCGAGAGGCCAUACAUCUGUCCGCACUGUAGCAAGAGCUUCAGUGAGCAGUCAAACUUGGCCAAGCACCUGAGAACCCACCCAGGGGAGAGGCCCUCCCCUUGGCCCCACAGCGAGACAAGCCUAAUGCACAUUUCACAGCGCUCUGUGCACCAGAGAAACCACAAGGAGGAGGGGGCCUACAAAUGUACCGACUGUGACAAGGUCUUCAGCGAGCAGUCGGACCUGGUGGAGCACCUGAAAGCCCACCCAAGGGAGAGACCUAACAGUGACAAGAGCGUCAUCCAAAAAUCGUCUCUGGUGAAACUUCAGAGGCUUCAUCAGAGAUUGAAACCAUAGGAGGCUGGAACGCUCAUCUCCGUCAGCUUCCCUCUACCUGUGUGUGUAUAGUGAUGUGCGCUGGAGGAGAGGGAGUUAUGGUUAUAGAGAAUCUGAGAAAUACACUCAGCCCAUCCACUCCCAAAGCCAUCGACAUCUCCCCGGUCCAAUGGAGGAGCUCCUGAAUAAUGUGAAGGGGCUUCACCAGUGGCCAUUCCCUUACCAGGCUGUCCUGGAAGAGUGUCAGGAGGCUACCCACCCUGUCCCCAUCCCACCCACAAGCCCAUUCCAUUUCCCUACUCCAACUUCCUUGCAGUUGUUCUGUGUGGCAGGGGUUGGCCUCCCGAGGGUCUCUGCAUACUGUGUUGAGAGGUGUUGCUGAGGUGCGUUUGGCAUUCCCCCAGGGUUGGGAGGGGCAUAAGUGAAAAUGUCAGUUGAGGUUUUUAUUUCAAAUCUGAUUCUGCUCUGAAAAGUGACUCUGUAAAAAAAUGGUAUUGUGAGGUUCCGUGUUCAUUGUCUUUCAGUGAUUUGAGAUCAAAUUUGCUCCGUUUACAAGUUAAAAGAUGGUUAUUCUAACUGUUAGCCCUGCAAAGUCAGUGUGGUAUAUGAGAGUGAAUCUGGGGUUCUUUCUGGUUUGUACAUCAUCAUUGUCAUUGGCAAUAAAAAUUCUGUGGUCCAAAUUCUGCGUUCAGUUAUGCUUGUGCAAUCUGCUCAUUUUGUUCAAAGGGGUAUCUGAGGACAGAAUUUAGUUUUGCAACUGGGACUUCAUUUACAAUUCUGUUGAUGCACAAACCAGAAGAGAAUCCAGCUAACUCCCACAGAUUCAGUUCGCUGCCCUGCACUGCUAAGACAAAUAAAGAGCAGUAAAAACUUAUCUGAGUUAUUCAAGUCAGCAGCUAUGUCUCUGAACACCAGCAGGGAGCAGAUGUGUGGGGCAAGAAGAUGCCAUUUUUGCAUAGAGACUUUUCAAAGUAGAAGCGUGUUGUGGGCACAGUCCAACAUCACAUUGAAGUCAACAGCAAAACUGCCAUUGCGCUCAACAGGCCUUGGACUGGGCCCUAAAAGGUUUAAUAUGGAUCUUGAAAAGGCAGAUCGAGUUGGUCACAGAUGUUCCAGUGACAGCAAACCCUGCUGACUAGAUUUUUUUGUUUUUAAGUAAUAUUUCUUGAUCCUUCCAGAAGCCUGAAUUUGUGGAAUCGCUUUUAACUUUGCUGGGGUGUAUAAUAAUUUUCAACUUGGGUUAUGUUUUUGAAAAGGGGGGAAACGCUGCAAACAUCGUGUCAUGGUUCUUGCCUGCCCCCAUUUUAUUGCCCUCACCAGUGGAAAUUUAGGUAUGAACAAAUACCAGUUGUGAUAUCAGUUUUGUGAAGGUGGUAUCCUUUAAGCCUUUUGCACAUGAAUUCUGAGAAGAGUGAAGAAGUCAAGAGAGGAAAUUGGAGAAGAAAUUUGUGAAAUGUAAGUUAUUGGGCAGGGUAUGAAUUGGGUUUGGGAAGAGGAAAAAUUUAGUUAGGCAGCAUUUUGACUAAAAUGCCCUCUUUAGCCUGGCAAGAUGCUCUCCAGGGGGCUGAUCCAAAACCCACUGAAAUCAAUAGAGAGACUCUCACUGAUUCCAGUGGGCUUUGGAUCAGGUCUUGGUAGUACAAGAGAGGCCAGCUAAGGCCAGGUCUGCCCUACAGACUUAUAUCAGUAUGACUUUGUCGCUUGUGGGCUUGAAAAAUCCACACCCACGAGCAACCUGGUUAUGCCUACCUAAUCCCCCAGGUAGACAGUGCUAUGUCAGUGGGAGGGCUUCUCCACCGGACAUAGUUAUCGCCUCUCGGGGAGACGGAUUAACUCUGCCAACGGGAGAAGUUCUCCCAUCGGCAUAGGAACAUCUUCACUAAGGCGCUGUAGCGGCAGAGCUGCACUGCUGUAGUGCUGAACAUGAAGACAAGUGCGUGCAUCCCAUUCAUUCCUCUCAUAUGCAGCUACUACUCCAGUGUGUAUUUCUCCAAUGGAAAUUGUGCCUGGCUAAAUUCAGCCAGCUAUCUGUUGUUUUAUAUAAUGAGAUUCGUGCUUAUUUUUAUGGCUGUUUAUUCCCAGGUCAUUAUAUACCAUAGACUGGGUUUUUAAAAAUGGUGUCUCUGCCAUUACACCGAGAAAAAGUUCAGGAAGCCUUUUCUUUCCUGACUCCCACAUACAAAUGGAUAAUACUGAUAUGGCUUAAUAAAUGUAUUCUGACAUAAUUUCAUGGUAUGUCAGAUUAGAGUUGUAUGAUGUA